CCUCUGCUGUCAUGUGGGUGAAGGAAGCUAAACCGUUGAAGAAGGGCUAGUUGCCUUCACUUGAUUAAAUCUUGAUUUUAUCAAAUGAAUAUCGCCGUUUAUUAAUUUGUAAAAUAUUUCGGUGAUUAGAAAACUUUUUGUCAACCAAAGUACGUGUGUAUCUUGGACGGACUGUUGUUGUCAAGCAGGAAUCUUCUAAAAUAAGUGAAGACACCCAGUGAAUGCGAAAGAGAAACAAUGAUGGUGUUUGAGCUGCCAACUCACUAAGUUCUCCCGAGUGAAGACAUCUGAUGAAAAAUUACUGCAACGUUACAGAUUCCGGCAUGGAAGACAAAGCAAAUGGCUCUGUUGACACCAAAAGCCCAGUGGAGAACGGUCAGCUGCCGGACCCUGCCAACUGGGGAGUCGCCGAUGUCGUCAAUUACUUCAAAGCAACAGGGUUUGAGGAGCAGGCCACGGCUUUCCAGGAUCAGGAAAUCGAUGGCAAGUCCCUGCUCCUGAUGACGCGUAAUGACGUCCUGACAGGGCUGUCGAUAAAGCUCGGCCCUGCACUGAAAAUCUACGAGUAUCACGUGAAGCCGCUGCAAACUCAACACCUGAAGAGCAACGCCUCGUAGCACCGCAGGCCGUCCCAACACCCACCUCAGCGACAAUCAUCGUGUCAGGAGACCCCAGGUUAGCUGCCACCUCACAAAGACUCCUCUGGCCACAGCGGCACCUUAACAGGAUUUGAAUGCUGUAUGUUUUUAUAAGCGUGGACCCCCAAAAAUGGGUUGCACAUGAAGUCCACUCAGCUGUUUACCCUUUCAGCCAUUCUAAUUUCUGCUGCUUGAGAUAUGUAUUUUAUUUUUGUGUGUGUUUUAUUUAAAAGAAGGAAAUUUUGGGCGGCUACUGUGCAGGUAUGAUGUGUGUGUGCGUGUGUGUGCGUGUGUGUUUGUGCGCAUGUGCAAAUAAAUUAACGCGCUGGUUUUAAAAAAAAAA